AAUGUUUAUUUACGUAGGUACUGUCUGAAGUCAAAUCACACGCAAAUCACAAUAGUCAUUACGCACAAAAGCAAAAAUUAAAAGUGUAAUGAUCUUGAAUCCGUGAAGAUGUUUUGGUACCCAUGGUCCGAAAGUAUCAAAAAAAGAGCCUGUCGAUACCUUCUCCAGAGGUAUCUUGGAAACUUUCUUGAAGAAAAACUUACUUUAGAUCAGCUGAGUGUCGAUUUAUACAAUGGAACAGGGACGGUUUCUGAAGUCAGCCUUGACUGUGAGGCGCUUAAUGAAUUGGGUGAUUCUCAAAACUGGCCACUGGAAAUAGUUGAUGGGCAAAUGCAAGAGAUCACUGUGACAGUGCCGUGGUCAACAUUACUCAAAGAUGAUUCAAUUGUUGAGAUUAAUGGGCUCUCGCUUACCGUUCAACCAAAAGUACGGACAGAGCCAGUGUCAUCCAUGUUGGAGUCCAUGUGGUCGUCAAUGUCCUCGUCAAUGCAAUUGGCAGCGGAAUGUCUCCGUGAGGAGGCAGGACCACAAGAAUCAAACCCAGUGGAAGGCAUUGAAAUGUUUGCCCAUGCUAUUGAUUCCAUUUUAAGCAGAGUGAAAGUAAAAUUUGUGAACACAAAAAUAAGAAUAGAACAUGUACCUAAAAAUGGUACAAGAGGCAUAGCUCUGGAAGCUCAUAUUAAAAACAUUGACUACUUUGAUGAGGCUGGAUCGGAAUCUGUACCUGAAUCAUCAGAUACAGAAAAGAACAAAACAUAUGUAGUGUCCACAUAUACAAAUAAGAAAAUUAAAUUCUCAGGAAUAACAUUUUAUAUAGACGAGUUUCCUUCAAAAUUGCGUACAAUGGCUCCAAGUUUGAUCAUGGAAAAAUCUGCAUCAUCUCAAGCAGAUAAAUCUGAAGGCACUGCUGAGACACCUGAUGCGAACUAUCAAAGCACAUUAUCAGAUGUUUUCUACGAAGCUAGAAGUGUGAUAUCCACAAUAGAUUCUGAUCCUAUAAGGGACAUAAUUGAAGAUAGACAUCCUGAUUCUACAAGAGAAAAUACGCCAGAAGAGAAGGCAAGCCAACCUGAUCCCAUACUUUUUGCUAAAUUAACUGGCCAUCAGGAACUAAACUUAAAACUCAAACAUUCUGAAGAAGUAGAAGGCCCAAAGGUGGAGGUGAAAGUACUGUUGGGGUCUUUUCUUAUUUUCAUGACUCCAAGACAGUUGCACACAAUUAUAGAACUCUGUGAUGCAUUAAAUCAACCAGAUUUAGAAGAUACAAGCAAUAUACCCAUUCGACCCAGUGGAGUCAAUGUCCAAUGCAAACCAAUGACUCAUGCGGAUUUUCAACUAAUAGAAGCGCAGUUACUUGGGAACUUGGAGAAAAGAGCCAAACCUACCACUAUGCAUGGCUGGUCAGGGCCUAGUAUCGAUGAGAGUGAGAUGGACAGUGAGAGGUUCCAUCCAAUGACGUCAGACGCUCAAAUGUCGGAGAGUUUCAACUCGUCGGUCAGUUCUAUGAGCACGAGUAUGACGUCCAGUCUAAACAUACCUACGGCCCAACCAAGAAUCAAGAGAAAUAAAAAAGUUCCACACAUAGACGGUGACCCUACAGCUGAGGUGUCCCACGUAAGCCUUCGAAUAGCGUCUAUUUCCUGUGUACUCUUACAUAAGGAUAUCCUUAUACCAACACCAAUGGGAAUUACUUGUAUAUCAAAUUCUUCCGCAACUAAGUUGCAACAAGUUAGCACUGAAUUUUUCGCCCGCAUCGAAACAUUCACUAAAAUGGACGAAAGAAAAGAUUUGAACACAAUCAACGAAUCUUUAGAUAUUGCUACUGAUUUGGAUCAUUUAAGGUUACUAGCAUCAGAAAUAAGUUUGGACGGUAGUGAGAAAGUGACGUCACACGGCAGUCAGACAAUGUGCGAAGCAGCCGUGCGGAAUGUUCUAGUGCGAGAGUGCUUAUAUAUUCAUCCUGAAGACGAAGAGGUUCAGAGACAGAGCUACGAUUUGAUAUAUUUUGAUAAUGAAGAGGAUGAAUCUAUUAUGGCACCACCAAAGUCAAAUUUAAGAAUGAACUUCAAACAAACAUCCAAAUACAUGAGGAUAGGCAGUGAAAAGAAACUAGUUUAUCCCACUACUGAUGUUGUCUUGAAAUGUACCCCAUUCCACAUAGACGUAGAGUUGACACUAAUAGAGCGAAUGUCUGCGACAUUUUUCCCGACAAACAAUACUACGAGUGCGCCUGCGCAGAGUCAGCCGCAGAAUCACUUCAAUUUCACUCUACAUUGUCCUAAUUUGAAUGCCGUUUUAAGGUUCCCAAUAGCAGACCUACGUCCAGGUAUAAACCGUGACAUCAGACGCGUGCGCAACGACUACCUUGUCUUCAAGUUCCAAAACGCGACGAUCUCUUGCCAGCAAGUGCCGGCAACUCGACCGCUACCAACAACGGUAGCGGUUAAAGCUACAACUCUGGAUUUGUAUUAUCAUGAAAAUGAACAUUUACCAGCAACUCACAUGGCUCAAACUACAAUGGACGACACGUCGUUUGAAGGCGAUAUACUCAAAGGCAACACAACUACUCCUCUUCCUAUGAUAUCCAUAACAUUCCAACCUCGCGAAACAAGCAAGGGCCCGUUCGAUUCCCUUGCAGACGAAUUUAAUUUCGAACCAAAAGCGACCAACCCCAUGACUACAUCAAUGUAUAUAAUGAAUAACCUACGAAGCACACUACCUAGCCCAUUUAGUGGUAAGAAAAUGGCGCAUCAGGGUAUUGGCAAACACGAAACACAGACGAAAGGUCAAGAGGAAGAAUUAAUAGUUCCGGGUACGGACGAGGAAAUGGCCGAAUUUACAAACAGUUCAGUCGAAAACUCGUCAAUUCACCUUGACUUCAACUUACCUAUACUUAGCUUACAACUUGAAUCUAAACAGCUAUACGAGAUAAUCUACAACCGCAUCAACUCCGACCUGUUGCUAUGGGAACCGCGAGUAACAGAACCGUUCGAUAUCACGCCGCACAUCUGCGGCCCGAUAUACCCAGCUUUUGGCGUUUGUAAGGGAUAUGACUCAGAUUCAGACAGUUCAUCAUCAGAAGAGGAGAACUUAUAUUACUCUACAUACGACCAUAAAGCGAGGAAAAAUUACGGUAACACGAAACCAUUGCCAGAGAACAAGGAAAGCGAGUCACAUAACUUUUGUCUGACGCUGAAAGUUGGCAAGGGUUUGCUUAGUAUAUACGCUCCUGUUAGGGAUAGUAAUAAACAAGUAGUGCCCGGUCAAAUGGGUGAACUAGUGCUUGAAGCACAGAAGUUAUCAAUGUGCCAAGUAAGUGGUCUAAAUGGACGGGCUAAAACCGCUCAAAUGUGUUUGAGAGGCGGCAAAAUGACUCUUUAUCAUGAACCUAUUCUAACAAUUCCGUCAAUCAAACCGAAUUUACGAUUACACGGGACUGCUUUACCAUCCCAUCUUAAGAGAACGAUAUAUCCUUCAAAUAAAGGCGUGUUCAUAAAGGAACGAAUGGAGCCAAAAGACAUGUUCACCUUGGCGUUAAAGACUGAACCAAAUAGUGAUACACCAGGCCUGAAGACAAUUUGCAUAGCGCUCGGCAUAGAGCAAGCGACAUUACGCCACAGAGGCGACAAAGGCAUAGCGUGGUUGAACCAAUUCAUGGAUAUAUUGGAUGUCCUAGAUUAUCCUGUUCCUGGAUACAUACCAUCUACUGUGCUAUCGGAACUGCAUGUACAUGUGUGGGAUUGUGCUGUGGACUAUAGACCUCUAUAUCUACCAAUACGCACGGUAGCAACAUUAGGAAACUUCAGCGUUUCAAGCAACCUCAUACCGGAAACAAAUACGUCAUACCUUCGAUUCUUAGCUCAAGAAUGUACUCUAUUUCUAUAUUAUGUAAACAAUGCGAAACCAAAUACAGCUGUACCACUAGAUGAUGAGAAACACCCAGACAUACAUAGAGACUAUGUGUGUGUGGUGGAUGUUGGAUUGUUUGAACUUUCGCUAAGAAUGGCGGAUAAAACUAAUGGGUCAAACGACCAGCCACAAGUAGAUCUGACAGCGUCCAACAACAUGGUGAACAUGUACACGUGCUGGGAUUCAGCGUCAGCGCUGUGCCGCUUACUGACUUACGUAGCUUCGGAUGGAGAUUCAAAUCCGCCAUACAUUCGCUCGAGACACACCAGUAUAUGUUCUGAUCAGCUCGAACAGCUUGUUGGUCUUGAUGACAGACCAAUGGAAGAAAUCAGAGAACUAUCGCCCAGUGAAAUACAGCAAGUUAAUGAUCUAAUGGCAGAGGCUUUGAAAGAAAGUCCAAAUAACACGAAUGAAGAAGAUGAAUUGAUCAGUUCGACGGAAAAAGAAGGAGUUGAAGUGUUCUUCUUUCCAGAUGAAUCUAAUGCAAAACAGAAACAGAUUUCUGAAUGCACAGACACGGAGAUGGAAAUACAGGGUAUAGAAGACCAAGAAUGUAAGAGCAUAGACAUAGUGGAACAGGCGCAAGAAGCUAAACCAAAUAUUCAAGUGGCCAGAGAUUUGGGAGAUCCUACACUCACGCCAAAGGCGUCACCACGAAAGUCUAGGCGGAAAAAGGUAAAAUCCGGCGGAGACGGUAGCAACACGGAUGACGAAUACUGCAUAGUAGAUACGCAAGUAUACUCACAUGACAAUGAAAUGGACGAGCCCGUAGUGAACUGGAUCGGACCGGGCCCAGUGUAUAUGGUCGAUAAUCAUUUCACAGUACCAGCGGCUAGAUCGGAUGUUCUUAAAGCGCCUAAGAGUUUCCCGCUGCCUGUUUUGAGAUACACUCUGUGCGAAAUGAGCCUAACAUGGAAUAUGUACGGCGGUCAUGACUUUCGCCCGACAACUGUAACACCUAAAAAAACUGUCAGCAUUGAGGUCGAUCCAAGAAGACAAGGCUCUCCUACCGCAAAACGCAGCAAAGACUACGAGCCAUACGAAAAAAGCGUGGCAGUCGCAGCUGCUAUGCGGAGCGGUGUGAGCUGGUCCGCGGGCAGUGAGCGUGUGCGACCCGCAACCGUAGCUCGUACGGACCCCAGAGCACGUGGUGGGGCGCUGCGUGACCACCACACUUGUGUGAAGCUGUGCCUAACUAAGGUAAAAUUCCAACACGAAGUUUACCCGCCGGGAGGGACACAGGCGUCUCGACAAACGUUAGCAAUCACCAAGAUAGAAGUACUGGACCGGCUUGUUUGCAGUGACAUCAAUAAGCUACUCAGUCAGUAUAAGCUGAAGGACGAACCUGAGAGAAAGAAUGCGCAUAUGUUAGUAGUGAAAGCGGUGCAUCUCAGAGCGGAUGCCGCUUUACCAGCGCAAGAGUGCUGCCUUAAAGUGUCACUGUUGCCGCUCAGGUUCAAUUUAGAUCAAGAUACGUUAGCUUUCUUAGUUGGCUUCUUCUCCAAGCUGGGUACAGAUGAAUCUAGUGAAGAGGAAUCCAUAGUGGGGGCAACAACAACGGAAUCGGGAGGUACGGGCGGCUCGGGGGGGUCUCGUCAAACGACUCCCACGCACCGGCCGCCCGUCAUGAGCAUCGCGAGCCAUUUGCGUGACCCCCCGCCCACGCCCACUUCGCUUGGGGACGCGGAUUGUCUCUCGCUUAAUGAAACAGUUAUCCGUGACGACGAGCCGCUAAUGGAGACGUAUGAAGCUGAACGUCUUGUGUCUGAAAAUCUGAUACAAUUAGAAGAAGAUUUCCAACGACUGGCCGUUAGUCAAGAGAAGACAACCACUAAACUGCCUGAUACUGAACCGGUGGAUGAUUCACCUAUUUACUUCAGGCGCGUAGUAUUUUCGCCCGAAGUACCUAUAAGGUUGGACUACGUCGGCAAACGAGUGGAUCUGUCUGCGGGGCCGGUGGCCGGUCUGCUCAUGGGUUUGGGACAACUUAACUGUUCCGAACUCACGCUCAAACGACUUGACUAUAAGUUGGGUCUUCUGGGCUUAGAAAAGUUAGUACAAUGGGCGUUGCACGAGUGGCUCUCUGACAUAAAGCGCCAUCAGUUGCCAGGACUCCUCAGCGGUAUUGGGCCUAUGCAUUCCUUACUUCAAAUUAUAACCGGCAUCCGCGACCUGGUAUGGCUGCCAGUAGAACAAUGGCGGCGCGACGGGCGGCUCGUGCACGGGCUGCGGCGCGGCGCCGCGUCCUUCACCGCGCGCACCGCCGUCGCCGCGCUCGACAUCACCGCGCGCCUGCUGCACCUCGUGCAGGCAACAGCAGAAACCGCGUUCGACAUGCUAUCCCCAGCACCAGCGUUGCCGCUGACAGCGGGCGCGCGCUCGCGGCGCCGGCGGCGGGACCACGCGCGGCAACCCGCUGAUAUACGGGAGGGGGUGGCUAGCGCGUACCUUACUGUGAGAGAGGGUUUCGCGGAAACAGCAGCAAGCAUGGCAGCAGCGGCACGUCGCGGGCGUGGUGCGGGAGUACUGCGGCAGUUACCAGGCGCGGCUGUAACUCCGCUAGCGCUAGCCGCAGCGGGCGCGGCCGACCUGCUGGGGGGCGUGCGCGCGGCACUAGCGCCCGACUCGUGCCGCGACCACGCGGACAAGUGGCGCCGCAACGAUGCGGACGAUACAACAGAUUAAUCAUAAGAAGCUCGCAACCUACUUAAUGUAAUGAUCUCCAUGCAUAUCCUACCCACGGUGACGGUUCAUUUUAAUAUCCAAACAAAUUUACACAAAAAGGAAUUAUAAAGGGAAUAACAUUUUGAAAAAUUCAUUUCAAUGUGAUAUUUUUAUAUUAUAUAGUAAGAUAAAGCAUUGAGCCUAGUCUAUCUUAUUAUAGAUCUGAAAAUAUGAAUUGGGAAACUGCAGGUCAGUUGUCCUUCAAAAGCAAUAUUUUGUGUAAUGCUUUUGUAUUUAAGUAACAAAAAGCAGAGGAGAAAAUACAGGUUGUUAGAACAAAUGAUGUCACUUAUGAUGUUAGCUAUCUUAGUAUCUUGUCCUGCGAGGUUGCUGGUAUUUUACAAGUAAACCUGUAUAAAUUGAACUUAGGACCAGAAAUCAUAUAUUCCUGUUUUAUUCUAUAGAAAUCCGUUAUAAUUUUAUCAAAUUUUAAACCUAUGUUUAUAUAAUUUCAAAUUUGUCCAUGUAAGCCUGUAGCAAAAAUAAAUAACUACAGGGCUGGUUUUUACGUCAAGUUUAUGAGGAAUUUUAACCCUUUUGAAUUUCAUACCUCGCCUCAAUCUGUCAAUGUUAAUAGGGCUCAACUACUAUUUAAUUUCAAAACUUGUAAAUAAGAAAGGUGCUUGAAUAUUUACCUAGCAUUUUAGAGCAUUUAGUAUAUGAUAUCUUUAAAUAAAUAAUAAAAUAUGUAAAUAUUUUUUAUAUCUUUAACUAAAUCAGGAUCGCUAGGUGCCAUGACAUUGUGUGAACGUUUUCUUACAAGAUGUAUAAAAUUUGUUGAAAAUAAUUGUUUUGUGUUGAUUUUUAAUUUUAUGUAAGUGAUUUAUUAGAAUUCUGGCAGUAACCAAUAUUUUAUCUUUAUAUUAUUAUUAUGUGAUAUUUAGAAUAAAAAUAUUAGAGGCAAAUUUUAUUUCUACCUUUGAAAAGGUAUAAUAUAGUUUCUUUUAAUGGUUAUAAAAUAUAUGUUAGCACUGUAUUCAAUUUUUUAUAUUUUAACUACAAUAAUAAAGUGAUAGAAGUGA